GAGCAAUAGCCCAUAAAUGAACUGCGCGCAGAGAGAGGAGGAAACAGAGAAGAAACUGAAGAGAAUGAAAAUAACGUGGAAGAAGCAGAGUAAGGGCAGUAACAGGAAGCGGUCACUGGCUGCUUCAUCAAAUCUUCCGUUUGAAGAUGAAGAAGCAGAGCAACCUACUAGUACCAUGGAGGCGAAGGUGGAGGAGGAAGGGGAUUUUCGUGGCCUCAAAACCCUAGAUUCUUCCGACGGCCCAUCCACCCAACAACUCGCCGACUCCUUUCAAGCUCAAGGAGACAAGCUUGCUGAGGGUGGAAAGUAUCGUGAAGCACUAGGGAAGUGGGAGACUGCUCUUACUUUGAUGCCUGGAAAAGCAGUUUUACAUGAACAAAAGGCUCAAGUUUUACUUGAGAUAGGAGAUGCAUGGAAUGCUUUGAAGGCAGCAACUCGGGCUACUGAAUUGGAACCAUCAUGGGCUGAGGCUUGGAUUACCCUUGGUAGAGCACAGUUAAACUUUGGGGAGCCUGAUAUUGCCAUCAAAAGCUUUGACAGGGCAUUAGCUAUCAAGCCUAAUUCUGAGGAGGCUCAAGAUGACAGAAAAAGUGCAUUUCAUCUUGUAAAGAGGCGUAAGCAGCUGCAUUCAUCAGGUCUGAGUGAUACCGAAAAUCGUUUUGUGGUUGGUGACAAGACCUAAAGCUCCUAAAAUAUAUGAGUCGAAGACAAAGAAUGGGCUUCUCUUCUUUGUAUAAACCCAUGCACUGUUUGUUUGUUUGUUUGCUGGAAGAGGAAGGAAAUUUUAAAUCUCAUAACUUACAUAUCUAUCAAAAAUAAAAAAUAAAAAAAUCUCAUAUCUUACAUCUGCAAUGGUGGAAUGGAGCGGCAAGUUGCUUGGGCCAUGCAGGGCCCAUUCUAUCAUGUCAUGUAAAUCAGAUGAAACUGAAGAGUACCUGAAAAUAUCUGUAAAAUAUGAGUGAGAAUUUUCCUUGUAAAGUGUUUCUAUGUGGAAAAAAGUGUCAACAUGAUUCGUUGUAACCUUUGAUGAAAAAAGUUCCCCACUUGAGCCUGUAUACUGUGAGAUUUUUCAUUGCAAAAUCUCUAUAUGAGGAAGAAAGAUGUCAUGAUUUGUUGUAA